AUGUCGACGUAUGAGAAGAUACUGAUCCCACCGCUUAAUUUCUCCAUGGUAGCUUCUGGCGUCUAUCGCUCAGGUUUUCCCAAUAAAAAGAAUCAUGCAUUUCUUCAACAACUUGGUCUUAAGUCUGUUUUAUAUCUCUGUCAUCAAGGCCACCAAUUGGAAAAUGUCAUUUUCUUCAAAAAGAAUAACAUUGAGGUAUUUCAAUGCCCCAUUGAUGGUAACAAGGAGCCAUUCAUCAGCAUUAAUCCAGAUGCAAUGGCUGAUGCGUUGCGUCAUCUACUCGAUGUGAGAAAUCAUCCGAUAUUGGUGCACUGUACGAAAGGAACACACCGUACAGGUUGUGUGAUUGGGUGCAUGCGCAAGAUGGAAAAUUGGUCGCUCACUUCGAUCAUCGACGAGUAUUGCCGCUUUGCUGGUCCACGCAUGCGUCUACUUGACCAGCAGUUUAUCGAGUUCUUUGCUCCUACGAUUCAAUACGAUGAGAGACAAAAGCCUAAAUGGCUCACUUAG